UUUCCAGCUUUUGGCCCCCCACCGCCCCAAAAACCUCGCGCCGUGCUCUGCUUCUCCUCUCCUCGACCGCCGUAAACCUCCUAAAAGUCCGAGAGAGAGAGAGAGAGAGAAGGGUGGACGAAGCCGCCGGAAAUGGCUUCUCUCCUCUCCUUCCGGGGCCACCGCCUUCCCCUCUCCCCUUUCUUGGGCCGGACAGGCUCUCGGGACCCCCUCUCCCGUCGAUCCCACUGCGGAUUCUUGACCAAGAACCCCUCGCCCUUCCUUCUCCGUGGCGGCGGCCUAUUGGCGGCCAGGAUGAGCUCGAGUCCUCAUCUCCCCGAUUUCGAGACCGCAGAGGGGCUUGCUCGUGAGCUGUUUGGUCGGGUGGAAGGCCUUAUCUAUACCGUUGCUGAUGCUGCUGUCUCCUCUGAUGCCGCCGUGGAAAGCUCGAAGCAGAGUGGAGACUGGCUUUCGGGAAUCACCAAUUACAUGGAAACCGUUCUUAAGGUUUUAAAAGAUGGGCUAUCGGCUUUGCAUGUUCCCUAUGCUUAUGGUUUUGCAAUUAUUCUCCUCACAGUUCUUGUGAAGGCGCUCACGUUUCCUUUGACAAAGAAACAGAUUGAAUCAGCGUUGGCAAUGCGAUCGCUGCAACCCCAGGUCAAGGCUAUCCAAGAACAUUAUGCUGGCGAUCAGGAGAGGAUACAACUUGAAACUGCUCGCUUGUAUAAAUUGGCUGGUGUAAACCCUUUAGCAGGGUGCUUACCUACUCUUGCUACAAUACCAGUUUGGAUAGGCCUAUAUAGAGCUCUCUCUAAUGUGGCUAAUGAGGGACUCCUUACCGAAGGCUUUUUCUGGAUACCUUCUUUGGCUGGUCCUACAACAAUUGCAUCUCGACAAAGUGGUAGUGGGACCUCUUGGCUUUUCCCUUUCAUUGAUGGUCAUCCACCUCUUGGAUGGUCAGACACAUUAGCAUAUCUUGUCUUGCCUGCUUUGCUGGUUAUCUCACAAUAUAUUUCAGCUCAAAUCAUGCAGCCAUCACAGAAUAGCGAUCCCAGCCAGAAAAAUUCUCAAGCUUUGACCAAGUUCCUUCCUUUGCUGAUUGGUUACUUUGCUCUUUCUGUUCCUUCUGGGCUGAGUCUAUAUUGGUUUACAAAUAACAUUUUGAGCACAGCACAACAGAUAUGGCUUCAAAAGCUUGGGGGUGCAAAAAAUCCAGUUAAAGAGCAUAUUGACAGAACAAUUAGGGAUGAAUCAUCCAACAUUCCAAACUCUGUAUCCAAUAUCCAGAAGUCUAUACUUGAUAUUGAAACGCAAAAAGCAAAAUCCAGUCAAGGAGAAAAAGCAAAUCCUGGUGGAUUGCCACGUGGUGAAAGGUUCAAACAAAUUAAGGAGCAGGAGGUAAGGAGAAGAAAACAAAGGGAAGAAGAGAAUGAGAGUGCAAAAGAGGUAGCUGAAGGUUCUCAUCCGAUUAUCGAGCACCAAAAUUCGGAAGUUAAAUUAUUAGAGAAUAAAAAUAAACAGGAGCCAGAUAAAGUACAUACAGAUUUAUCUAUGAGUAACAAUGGUGGACUCAAUGGUAAUGCUGGUUUAGAAAUGACAAAUGAAAGAAGUAUUCAUGAAAAUGCGGAAAAGGUAUUCCCUUUGAAGAAGGAACUGAAGCACAUUCCCCUACUGGUAACCAGACUUCACAUGAUGCUCUCGGCAGAAGAGAUCAGGAGACAGAAUGAGCUGAAGCUUAUGCCAUCACAUGUAUAAUGCUGGUUAUCUGUUCCCCCUGGCUAGUGGCAUGAUAUUGUUGUACACUUUGUACCGAUCAUCUAUUCCAUCAGAUAGCCUUUUGCGGUCAGUUCGUUUGCCUUUUGUAAGAGGGAUGAGGUUGAUCUUUUCUCAUGUUGCUUCCAAAUCCACCAUAUUGCUGCAUGAAAGUGCUCACCACCCUCUCCGCUGGGCCUCCAUGAUUGUAAAUUCUGUCGGAUAAAACAUAUCUCCAAAAUUCUAUAUUCCAUAUCCCAUGCAUGAGCUGUUUGGAAAUUAAAGCUUAAAACUUUACAUGAAUUGUGAUAAAGUUUGAAACUGCUAUUGCAGUCUGUCUUCUGAUGCAUGAUUUAUGAUAUAGUUAUUUCGUA